AUGGCGACGCAACUGCAGCAGCUGGUGCCUUUCGCUCAGGUGCUUGGCCUCUCCGGCGCCUCUGCAUUGUCCGCAUACAUUGCAUCAUUUAGCCUGGUCGGGGUGCCAGUCGCUGCCAUGGCACCCACAGAUCUAGCCACCAAGCAAUGGUUGAAGAUGUUCCACAUUGGCAAGAACUCGGUACCACCACUCGCGGCUCCCAUCGCUGCGUGCUUUGCCUUCUUGGCAUAUCAAGCCCGAGACCUUCAAAAGAGAUAUCUAUACGGCGCAGCAGCGAUUCUGCCUCUAACAAUUCCUGCUUUCACCGGAGUGGUGAUGUGGUCCGGCAUUAAGGCUCUCGAAGCUGCGGCAAAUGGUUCGCCUUCUGCGCCGAGUGACGCUGAGGUGAAGUCUUUGCUCGCGAAAUGGAGCACGCAGAAUCUUGGACGAGCGAUCCUGGCGGGUGCUGCUGCUGCGUUGGGUGCUACGGCCAUGUUGUCCUAG